UAAUAAGUUGGUCGUGGGUGCCGCGUGUUCGUUUCGGCUUAGUGCGAUUUUUCUGUUUGCCUGAGAUUCAUCGAUUUAUUUAUCGUGAUUUAUUCGUCGAAAAUCAGCAACCCCCGGCCGAUUGUAUUUUUUACAUAGGAAUUGUCGAGCUGCACAAAAACGGAUUUCGAAAUUCGUCCACUCGGUUUUAAAAAAACUUUUUUCUCGUCCACUUGUAAGAAAACAGAUUUAACCGUUAUCAAUUUAUCAUUCGUGGUGUGAAUUUCAAGUGAUAGCGGUGAACAAUAAUAAUAAAAAAGCAACACAUUUUCGGGCGGGUCUGCGAGGCGCGAGCGCAUCCUGUGAUAAGAGAUAAAGCUGUACUAGCUUUAAUCGCGGCCGGUUGUCCUUUCGUUACGUAACUUAGUGACCAGUGCUCAUAAUUAUUAAAAAAGUGCUAUGUAUUUUUUCGACGUUUUUAACAAUUAUUUUUCCGUUUACGCGUUUCUGUUGAGUGGAUACGCUUAGUGUACCGAUCGCCGUCACCGAAGUUUUGUUUAUCUCGUCCCUCGCAUCUGAUUCAGUUGAACCGGUUUGAAUGUGUGCCCGUGGAAUUUAUUUUUUCAAACGUUUUAAGUGAUCCAACGACGACGACGACCAUAUCAAAUAAUCAACGCCGUCUCCGAUUCGUCUUCAUCGUACAAGUACGGUCAAUGGACUCGUGAACUACACAACCACCGUGUGCUCAGACACAUAGCCACAAGAUAAUGUCCACGACGCCGUUCGUGGUCAAGCACGAUGGGAAGAAGCACAACAUUGAACACUUUUUGCGCUUUCACCCGGGUGGAACCAACACAUUGGCAUUUCUUAAGAAUGCCGAUGUCACCGAUCGGCUGUUUGCCACUCACCACUCUGCUGCUGCGUAUGAGUUGCUCAAGGAUUAUAGAGUAGACGAGGAAGAUGUACACAAACACAUUAGAGAGGAUGGUGAUCUAGAAAGUCUUGUAGAUUGGAAUCGACCCAUGUUUUGGCAAGUUGGAUCAUUAGGCCCAAAGUAUAAAGAAUGGGUGUUGGCUCCUGUUGAUCGAAAACUGAGAUUGUUCGGCUCCGACUUCAUUGAAUCGCUCACCAUUACUUCAUGGUAUAUGGUGCCGUCGAUUUGGAUACCUGUGAUGUUAUACCUGAUAUUCAUUGGUUAUCAGAGGUUAAGAAGUUCAUUAGCCAACACAGUAGAUCAAACAAUUACUUCAGAUACUUUUUCGAUAGGAACAUUGGUCAUAAGUUCUACUAUUUUGGGCUUACUUUUGUGGCCUCUCAUUGAGUACACCAUUCAUCGCUGGCUGUUUCAUCUGCAGCCUCCAGACAACUCACCAUUACUUAUCACAUUGCAUUUCGGCAUUCACGGACUUCAUCACAAGGUGCCAUUCGACGACAGACGGUUGUUGUUUCCGCCUGGGCCGGCAGCAGUACUUAUAUCGGCUGCUUACGCCAUAUACCUGAUGCUGUUUCCUCAUUGGAUGGCGCCUCUGGUAUUGGCCGGCAUGAUUGCGGGCUAUGUAACUUAUGAUUUAAUACAUUUCUACUUACACUACGGAUGUCCCAGGGAAGGCUCGUACCUGUACACAAUGAAAAGAUACCACAACCAACAUCAUUUCGCGCACCACGAGAGCGGUUUCGGUAUCAGCAGCCAAUUUUGGGACCACAUAUUCGGCACAGCAAUUGCACUGAAAAAGCUUAGCCGAUGUUUAAAAUGGUACUAACCUACUACCCGUUAACUCGUGCCUUAAAAAUUAUGAUAUAUUAUAUUAAAAAAAAAACAAAUUAAAUUAUAAUAUUAUAUAUAUAAACAUAUUCAUAUAUAUAUAUAUGUACGGUGUAUAUGUAUUGAUAUAUACAAUUAUUAUUAUUAUUAUUAUUAUUAUGAUACAAAGGAAAGAAAUCACACCAAAUCUCGGAGUGCCUAAUGAAACUCAAAUAUUACAAUUAAUUUAACAAAAAAUGACCCGCUCACCGAAGCAGUCAUAACACAAUGGUAUA